AACUACAGUAUAAUGUAUUUGUAUUAUUAUCAUAACCUAUAUAAAAGUAGUUGUAGUCUAACCAACUUUUUGGGAAUAAUUAAUGAUUUUAAAAUAGAUAGCUACUGAAAAUCGAAAUAACCAAUCUUUUUUGAUAUAUUAUAUAUAAUGGCCGAUUCGAAUAAAGAAUCCGUCACAAAAGUACCUAUGAUUUAUGUUUGUGGAGAAUGUCACAGGGAGAAUGAAAUAAAGCCCCGAGAUCCAAUCAGAUGCCGAGAAUGUGGAUACAGAAUAAUGUACAAAAAAAGAACUAAAAGAUUGGUGGUUUUUGAUGCACGAUAGCAGGGAUAAAGAGAAGUUCAGAGGUCAAAUACUUUUUUAUUACUUUAAUAUCCAUAUGUUACAUUAAACAUAAAGUAAACAAUAAAUGUGCAAAAAUUUGA